UUGUCCUCUCAUCUAUCCUCAUCCGUUUUCUCGUCUGUUCUCGUCUGUCCUCAUCCAUCCCUCGUCUGUCCAGAUGCUCCCCGUGUCCAGCGUCUGGCGGCUGGGUGCAGCUGGACUCUCAGGACGGCCGGCCCGGAUGCUGGCCAGCCGGUGUCCCUCCCGUCGUACGCCCUGAACACUCUGGCUGAUCAGGUGUGUAAGGACCUGGGCUGUGGGGGGGUCUACAGGGUGGACAGGACCCCCCCGCCGCCCGGCGCCGCCUGCCUCCGGCACUGCACGCUCAGAGGACGCCACCUGAUCAACUGCACCCGGGACGCCGCCGGCCGCUGCCCCGCGCUGGACCAGGUGGUCUGUGGUGACCAGCAGGUGCGUCUGGCCGGCGGCCCGGACCGCUGCGCCGGGCGGGUGGAGGUGUGGCGAGAUGGGCAGUGGGGCACGGUGUGCGAUGACCAGUGGGACCUGAGGGACGGCGGGGUGGCGUGCGGCCAGCUGGGCUGCGGCUUCGCCCUCAGCGUGACGGGGCAGGGCGGGGCCUUCCCCCCCGGCAGGGGGCCCGUCCACCUGGACGAGCUGGGCUGCUCCGGCCGGGAGCCCAACCUGUGGGCCUGCCCGGCCGCCCACAACCAGUCCGACUGCGGGCACAAGGAGGACGCCGGCGUGGUGUGCUCAGAGAUGAGGGCCAUCCGGCUGACUGGGGGCCUGGAUCGCUGCUCUGGGAAAGUGGAGAUCCAUCGUAACGGCAGCUGGGGGGAGCUGUGCGAUAACUGCUGGGACGAAGACAUGGCCUCCAUGGUCUGCUCCCUGCUAAACUGUGGGGAAACGCCCCAGAAAUACACUGCCUUUUUGCCUCCUUUCAGCCGCAACGAGGAGACACCGUUUUACUAUUAUUCAUGUGGAAAGGACCAGAGUCUCUGGCAGUGUGAGGAGCAUAUCAAUCACCCUUAUUAUUGCAUUAGCUCCAAACCCUCUGGUGUCAUCUGCAACGAAGCGUGGACCCGGCUGGUGCCGGCUGCUGCUGCUGGGCCCAGCUUCCCGUCCCUGGAGCUCCUGAGCUGCAUGGUCCUGUCCGUGGUGCUCCUCGUCUUCCUCAUCAUCAACACUGUGCUCUGCUGCCUCUACCGAAGAAGAAACGCUUUUUUACUGCAGCAGACCCGCAACAACCAGAGCCGGCCUUCCACUGGACGUCCCCAGAACGACCACAAAGAGGCCGUCAACCUGGUCAAAGUCACAGCCCACCCCCAGCACGCGGAUGUCCCCUCCGACCCCAGGUAUCUGUGGACGCAGCUUAGUAGUGCUGACAGCGGCUCAGUAGAUACAGACUAUGAGCAGUAUGGCCCAAGCUAUGACCCGCCCGUCCCUUUAUCCACCUUUCGGAAUUCUCAGCGGUACAAAACAGAGGUUUUGCCUUUGAAGCCUUCAGGUCUCGACAGUCUCUGUGAAGAAAGCCCUAAUCGUCCAAAUGAAGCCUUCAAAAACCUAAAUGGAGUCCCAGAACCCACCUACAGCAGAGUGUCAAAGAUUUCAGAGGACUCGUUCGACUCCUCCAGCACCUCCUCCGGCGAAAGCUACGAAAACUUAAAUGCAAACUAUGUGAACUUCACUCCAGAUGCUGGAGCGGAGCUGGGAGCCUUCAGCUACCCGCCCCCCCCGGAGGCCCUGCUCCUCGCCGGAGCCCCGGACGGUUCAGAUGACGACUACUCCCCCGUGAGCCCCGACUGAAAACCCACCAGGACGCCGUCCAGGACGCCGUCCAGGAGCCGGGAACGCUCGGACCCGGGUUCAGAUGCAGGCGUCCACAGCGGCUCCGAAACCACCGAAAAAAAUGCUGUUUAGGCAAGUUUUUUCAGUCACAAACUCAGAAAAAUCAAUGUGUGUCAGAAAUUUUUUUGCCAGUUGAGUAAAGCUGAGCUGAGCUACAGUCCCCUUUAAAGCAUGUGUGUGUCAUACAGGAAGCAAACUCAGGAAAUCAAACUAUUAUUGCGAAUGUGAAAGAAAAUGUGAUUGUGUAGAAAUAAAGAAUAAAGAAUGUUUUAAGGAAAGCUUUGCUUGACUUGUUGAAACUCUGUUCUGUUACACUAUGAGGAAAAUGAAUGUUUUGUCUUGUUAUAAAAGUGUUUUGAAUUAUA